CUCAUGCCUCAGCCUCCCAAGUAGCUGGGACUACAGACUUUAUAAAAGGUACCCGACAUACCUUCCCAUUCUUCAGAGGGCUAUUGAACGGUGGUAUGGAGAGCCAGCAUGUACAACUCCCAUCUUGAAACUUAUGGCAGAACUGAUGCAAAAUAGAUCUCAGCGCUUGAAUUUUGAUGUGUCAUCUCCUAAUGGAAUUCUUCUCUUCAGAGAAGCUAGUAAAAUGGUUUGCACUUACGGUAAUCAGAUCCUGUCCCUCGGGAGCCUCUCAAAAGAUCAGAUUUAUCCAAUGAAACUCAAGGGCAUCUCCAUCUGCUAUUCAGCUCUCAGAUCUGCCUUGUGUGGCAAUUAUGUCAGCUUUGGCGUCUUCAAGUUGUAUGGGGACAACCAUUUUGACAAUGUACUCCAGGCCUUUGUCAAAAUGCUGCUGUCAGUGUCCCACAGUGACUUGCUACAAUACCGGAAACUGAGCCAGUCUUAUUAUCCACUCCUGGAAUGUCUCACCCAGGACCACAUGAGCUUCAUCACCAACUUAGAGCCUCCUGUACUCCUGUAUGUUCUCACAUCUAUCUCAGAGGGACUCACUACUCUUGAUACAGUUGUCUCCUCCAGCUGCUGUACCAGUUUAGACUACAUCGUCACCUACCUCUUCAAGCACAUAGCAAAGGAGGGCAAGAAACCACUUCGAUGCGGAGAGGCUACCCAGGCUGGUCAGAGACUAUUACAUUUUAUGCAGCAAAACCCAGAUGUCCUGCAGCAGAUGAUGUCUGUCCUCAUGAACACCAUUGUCUUUGAAGACUGUCGGAACCAGUGGUCAGUGUCCAGGCCUCUCCUGGGGCUCAUCCUGCUCAAUGAGAAGUAUUUCAGUGAACUGAGAGCAAGUCUGAUAAACAGCCAGCCUCUCCCCAAGCAGGAGGUCCUUGCCCAGUGUUUCAGGAACUUGAUGGAAGGAGUGGAGCAGAACCUGUCCAUCAAGAACAGAGAUAGGUUCACCCAGAAUCUAUCCGUGUUCCGAAGAGAAGUGGCAGAGGCUCUGCGCAGUGAUGGCAGUGCGGAACCCUGCAGUCUGGACAUGAUGAGCUGACCGUGUUGUGCCCAGCAGCCUUCAGCAAGAGAACCUGGAAGGUCUGGGUCCCAGGACAGUGAUGCUGGCUAGCCCAGGGGAAUGUAUUUUUCAAAACAGACAAACAGCAACAAAAGCCCUACCUUUUUAUAUGUCCGGCCUAAUUAUAAGAAUUUAUAAUAGUCACACAUAAUGUAAAUUCAGUCUUUGCUCUGAAAAGGCAAAAGAUAUGUUUUCAGUCUUUCUAUUGAAUAUUAUCUUUGUUUUCAUAAUGCUUUGAAAGGAUAUAGAAACAAUAUUUAACCAAAGAACAUAAUAAACCAGGUUUACACCUAA